AUGUCCGGAGAAGCUGCUCCCGGGGGCCCUCUGUGCGCCCCAGCCAGGCUGCUCCCGGGGGCCCUCUGUACGCCCGGCCAGGCUGCUCCCCCGGGGCCCUCUGUGUGCCCGGCCAGGCUGCUCCCCGGGGGCCCUCUGUGCGCCCGGCCAGGCUGCUCCCCGGGGGCCCUCUGUGCGCCCGGCCAGGCUGCUCCCCGGGGGCCCUCUGUGCGCCCGGCCAGGCUGCUCCCCGGGGGCCCUCUGUGCGCCCGGCCAGGCUGCUCCCCGGGGGCCCUCUGUGCGCCCGGCCAGGCUGCUCCCCGGGGGCCCUCUGUGCGCCCGGCCAGGCUGCUCCCCGGGGGCCCUCUGUGCGCCCGGCCAGGCUGCUCCCCGGGGGCCCUCUGUGCGCCCGGCCAGGCUGCUCCCCGGGGGCCCUCUGUGCGCCCGGCCAGGCUGCUCCCCGGGGGCCCUCUGUGCGCCCGGCCAGGCUGCUCCCCGGGGGCCCUCUGUGCGCCCGGCCAGGCUGCUCCCCGGGGGCCCUCUGUGCGCCCGGCCAGGCUGCUCCCCGGGGGCCCUCUGUGCGCCCGGCCAGGCUGCUCCCCGGGGGCCCUCUGUGCGCCCGGCCAGGCUGCUCCCCGGGGGCCCUCUGUGCGCCCGGCCAGGCUGCUCCCCGGGGGCCCUCUGUGCGCCCGGCCAGGCUGCUCCCCGGGGGCCCUCUGUGCGCCCGGCCAGGCUGCUCCCCGGGGGCCCUCUGUGCGCCCGGCCAGGCUGCUCCCCGGGGGCCCUCUGUGCGCCCGGCCAGGCUGCUCCCCGGGGGCCCUCUGUGCGCCCGGCCAGGCUGCUCCCCGGGGGCCCUCUGUGCGCCCGGCCAGGCUGCUCCCCGGGGGCCCUCUGUGCGCCCCAGCCAGGCUGCUCCCGGGGGCCCUCUGUACGCCCGGCCAGGCUGCUCCCCUGGGGCCCUCUGUGCGGCCCGGCCAGGCUGCCCUCCUGGGCCCUCUGCCCCGGCUGCUGUGCUCAGGGCCUUUCCUCUGGCCGCCCCACCCUGGGAACGCCCUCCGCUGAGCUCCGGGCCAACUCUGCUUCCUUCACAGGCCCCACAGGCCCCGCUGGCCCCGGCUGCG